AUAUUUAUGUAUGUCUUAGAUUGAAAAGAAAGAAAUGUUAGUCCUUCGCAUAUUAGAAUCUAUAUAAACCACUAUUGAGUUUAUACGGUGAAACAUUAACAUCUACAUGAGGGCAAGAUUACCCUGCAAUGGAGAAUAAAUGUCGAUCCUGUCCUAAAUGUAAAUCUAAGAUUGAGGUGAAAGGGAAAGAAAACUGCACCACCUGUGCAAAUCCGCCAGAUUCCAUGAAGAGCUCUGACAGCAACUAUCCAGCUUCAUUGGAGGCAGAGUCUUCAGUUCCAGUUUCAACAUGCUCGUCAGAAGAUUCAGUACUAGUUUAUGAUCCAGGUCAGAAUACAGAUCAUGGACAUGAUACAGAACACAGGCAUGAUCAGGAUCAUGAUACAGAUCAAGGACAUGAUACCGAGCACAGACAUGAGCAAGAUCAUGAACAGGAUACAGAUCAUGGUAUAGCUACUGAUCCAGGACAAGAUAUUAGUCCCGAUCAUGGUCAAGAACGUAAAAAUUCCAGUCUGAAAACUGAUCAAGGACAAGUUAAGGAUUUUGGCAAGGACACUGAUUUAGGACAAUCAAAUGAUAUGAUUCCGGACACAGAUUUUGCAAAUGAGCUAUCUAAAUCUGAUCAAUUAAGAAAAGAAGUUUCAGCAGUUUCAGUCUCAGAGGCUUCUUUGUCAAAAGCAAGCAUCUUGCACUCUGUCACAACUACAUGUGUGACGUCAGAUGAUCAAACCUGUGAUGAUAAAACUUCUGAAUCAGUUACACCUUCAGAAGAGCCUUCUUUAUCAGAAGUUGUGCCAUUAGACUCACAAGAGUCAGGAAUAGCAGAACAAUUGAUGAUAGAAGCUCCAAUCAGAGGAAACAAAUCUUCAGAAACUCCUGAAGAACCUUUAAUUUCAGAUCCUGUCCCGGAAACUUCAACGUCAGAAACUCCUUUCUUAAAACCUUCACUACAAAGUCCAUCAUCCACGCAAGCUUUGCAUUCUACAGAACCUGAAUGUCUUUCAACAGAGGUCCAGCCUUCAGAUUCCCAUGAACUGAACUUGAAAUCAGACUUGACAAAUGGGCACCAUGAAUAUGUUGUUCAAUUGGCGAAUGUUUCUUCAGUACCUGAUAUUAACAGUAGUUUUGCUACCUCAGGGAAAGAUGUUCUGGAAAUUGAUAGUUCUGCAGAUAAAGACAAAGUACCUGAGUCUAUUUCUUCUGAUAGCAAUGCUACUUUAAAUGGUAUAGAACCGGCGUUGACAUCUACUUUAUCUAAAGUAGCAUCAAUUCCUAUCUCACAUAAAACUGAGGUUGCUUCAACAGAACCUAAUCCUUCUUCUGUAGAGUCUUGUGUUGUAUCUUCUUCUAAUUCUUCUGCUCUAGAAGAACCUGUAGUUUCCUCUUUACAAUCUACCCCAACUCUAUCAGGUUGCGAAAGUCCACUGAGAAAGCGAGGAAGACCAGUGAUAUACACAGAAGAUGAUUCCCCGCCAUCUUCGCCAAGUAAGAGGAGGGGUAGGCCGAGGAAGAAACAGAAGAAAGAAAUCAAGGAAGAAUGUCAAUCCAUCAAUGGUGAAGAAGAUAAAAAAUACACAAGAUCUCCUUCGAAUGGAAAUCUACAAAUUAAAAUUGAUGAAUCCCUGAAGAAGAAAGAAAAUAAAACUGUGAUGAAUAACACUGAGUUACCUUUAGCCCCUGCAACCUCUUCUACAGGUACACAGAGACAGGGACGGUUUACAAUAUUUUCAAUGGGAAAUACCAGAUCUACACUCGUACCCUUGACACCUUAA